UCUUGGCUCACAAACACGCUAUUAUCUCUUCACUAAACUUUCGAUGAAAAACCAAAAAAUAUCCACGUUUUACGGUGAUUUCGUCAAGCAAGCAAGCUAUGACUUGUCCCUUCGUGUAGGCGCGUUCUCCAGAAAGUGAUCGAGAUGGUUUCGCGCUGGAAAGUCGGCAGAACUUGAACGGUAUUCUGGAUGUUUGAUGUCAGAUGAUAAAGUAUACUCAUGAAUCGUUGAUUAUGACUUUCAAUAGACCAAAAGAGUACUUUCAAGGAGUCUGAUCAAGGUAAACGAGGAACUAUGAUAGGAGGAAAGGAGACCGUCACUUUGGAUAUAAGCAUAUAUCCUUAUACCCCAAUACCUUCUCUCCGCUCAAAUUAAUCUCAGCAAACAUUUUUUGUAAACUUCUUUCCAAGUUCUAUUCAAAUCCAAAUGGCUUCAACUCUCACUCAAUCUGCACUCUUUGUAGCUGGUAUAGUCUUAGGCGCAAGUACAGCCAUAGUCUAUAAAAAUAAACAAACAGAUUCAUCAUCAACAUCAUCAUCAUCAACAACAAAUCCGAACUCAGAUAGUUCAAAUCAACCUAUCUUUACUCGUCAAUUUCAUUCUGAAUUCAAAUCUCAAGCACCCAAUCAAAUCUUAAAGUUUGGAAACCCAGGUCCUAUCAAUGAUUUCUUUUCUAGACAAGCUUAUGCCAUGGGAUAUGAUCGUAGGAUGAGAAACCCUUCUUGGACUGCCGAGCAUUUAACUUCAUCUAAUAUCCGGCCACCUAGAUCUCCUGGUGGUGAUCAACCUGAUCGAUCUCAUUCUAACUUUCAUGAAGAUCCAGCUUUACCACCUGAAUUUAGAGCCAAACUUUCGGAUUAUUUUAGAAGUGGUUAUGAUCGUGGUCAUAUGGUUCCUGCAGCUGAUGCCAAAAUCAGUCAAGAAGCCAUGAAUGAAACAUUUAUCUUAUCCAACAUUGCACCACAAGUAGGUGAAGGUUUUAAUCGAGAUUAUUGGGCACAUCUUGAAAACUUUGUUAGACAAUUAACUACAUCCUUUUCAGAUGUAUAUGUAUUUACCAUUCCACUUUAUUUACCAAAACAAGAUCCGAUCACUCAAAAACAAAUAGUUUCAUACGAAGUCAUCGGUAAUCCACCUAAUGUAGCAGUUCCGACUCAUUUUGCUAAAAUCGUUUAUGGAGUCAACGGUCAUCAAGGUUCAUUAGGUUCAUUUGUUUUACCAAACACGAAGAUCUCAAAUCAAAUCCCAUUAAGAUCAUUCGAAACACCAGUCGAUUCAGUUGAAAAAGCUUCAGGACUUAAAUUAUUUCCUGAUCAAAUCAAAUCAAACUCUAGUAAGCUUUGUGAAACGGUGAAGUGUGAGAUGGUCAUUAGAAAUUUUGAUCAAGCAAGGAAACAGGUCACUGGUAAUAAGAAUAUCGGUCCAUGAGUGAUAGAUCUCCUGGAUUAUAAUACUUUGAAGUCAGAUCUCCAUUGGAAUCCUUUUCUAGAAUCUUUAGUUGUCAUUAUACCCAGUCAGUUCAGUUAGAAGAAAUCUUAUAAUGUAAUCACACAUUUAUGAUUAGAUCAGGUUUUUGUCUUACACCCAGGAGAUCACUGUACAAUCUUGGAAGCAUGAUUGAUUAGAUGAUGUUUGAGUAUAUCUUUGUUGUGAAAUCAGACAAUCUUUAAGUCUUGU